GAUUUUCGUCGACAAGUUGAACCGCGGGCAGCGGCAGCAGCAUGACGAUGACCGACUUUGAGAUGGACGAGUCAGACGUCCUCUUCGGCGGUGGCGACGACGACCUCUCGAUGGACCUCGAGCCCGACAUGGACUACCUCCUCGACGACCAGGUGCUACAGAAGCUCAAGGAACCCGCGGGCCAUGCGAUCCCGGUCGCGCGCGCGGUCGUCGACGCGCGGCCCGAGACCGACCAGCUUCUGCGGAGCCAGUCGAUGCCCAACAAGUCGUUCCUAUCGGGCGACGAGCAAAAGUGGCGCAUGAAGUAUCUGAGCCGGCUGCACAUCGCCAACGGCGGCGACGAGCCAACGCGCCACGAGCGACGCAGCCCGACCGAGACCGAGACGCGGCGGCUGCGCGCCAUGUCGAUGGCGCACCCGUCAUCCGGCCCGAUCCAGAUCCCGCUGCAUCCAUCGUCCACGCCGACGCAGUCGACCGUGCCGAUGGUGCCACUGCCCCACGGUCGCAAACCGUCGUACGAUAGUGAGUACGACGACGCGGACCGGUACCGGCGGCAUUUAGACCGCUUUGACAGCAUGGAGAAGGACGACGACCAGUUCAUUCCUCCGCAUCAAAUGAUCGACCGAGGCUGCUUCUCGCUCGGCAUGAAGCAUCACUUCAGACAAAAGCCAGGCAACAUCUAGUCGCCUGCAAGCUCUCACAUAUAUAUAAACCGUUGGUAGUUGCUAUUUCCUCCGUGUCCAGCAAAUGGCGGCAACGAGAUCCUCCCCUUGGCGUUUCUACGCUGGUCCUUACGUACAGCGCCA